CGCUGUUGCUAGGCAACAAAACACUCGCCAAACCAAGUUGUGAACGGGGACGCCAUGCAAAACUUCCGCUUCAAACCUUGCUGAGAAAUUUGCAGCAACUUUCGUUUAGCUCCACAGACUUUCUAACAGUUGCUAGGUAGCCCCCAGGCUGUUGCUAAGGGGGGGGGACUUUUGUCAGGGGACUUUUACUAGGAUGGCAGUUGCAAGACUAUAGUUCUCACGAGACUCUCCCAGGCAACCCCCAAAUCACAUAGGCCUCUUGUUUGAUUUUGUGGGACUGCCUUGUUUUUAACUGGGAACUACAUCCAAGCUAGUGACCUUCUUCAUCCAUGAUGACAGGAGAGAAUUCACAGAGGUCCCCCAAAGGAGGAGUGAACUUGACCAAAUCCCUCAUUGCCCAGAGGAACUUGACCAUACCAAGGGACAGAGAGACACCUGAUAAUAUAUCCCAAGCCUUGACUUCUCUUCAAGUCCUGCGGCUUGACAGGGAGAACAUAAACCAUAUCACAAACUUGCAAGGUUUAGAACAGAUCCACAGUAUCUACCUACAGCAGAACCAAAUACAGAAAAUUGAAAACUUAAGCAGCUUCCCUAACUUAAAAUUCUUAUCCUUAGCCGGGAAUUGCAUCAGCAAAGUGGAGAACCUCCAGUGCCUCACAAAGCUGCAGUUUCUGGAUCUUUCACAGAACUGCAUUGAGACUUUGGAUACAGAUGAACUGCCUCGGAACCUUGUUGUCCUUGACCUGACAGGAAAUAAAUGCACGAAGCAGAAAGGUUACAGGGAGAGUGUGUUGGCAGCCUUGCCCCAUCUGAAGCGACUAGAUGCCAAGGAUAUCCCCAACCAGGAGGUCCCUCUCCAAAAGAAGGAAGAGGAGGAGGAGGACAGUUCAGAAGACAGCGAUUAUGAGGACUGGCCUGAGUUUUCUUCUCCUCUGAGCGCAGAAAAAGACUUUUUUGUGGGCCUUCAUAGUGAAUUCACCAGCCGCUCAGCCUAUAGGCAAGAAGAGGCAAUCAAGGAACAUGAGGCCCGUCUGGAGGAACUGAAGGAACAACAGAAGCUGACACAGUUGGUGUUUAACACAAGCCAAAGCAGUCCCAAUGUGCACAGUGGAUCAGAACCAGCAACUCCUACUUUAGAAGAUAACACGCUCCAAACUGAGCGACACACUGCUUCUAACCCACUCUUAAAAGUGACACAUCCAGCAUUUCUGAUAGGACCGAACACUCCAAAGGGGAAGGCUGAGGGCACAAGCUCAGCCCAGGUGAAGAACUCAAAAGGAAAGGGGCCUAGUUCAACCAAAAUUGCAACCAGUAAAGUGAAAAAAUGAUAUUCAUUAUGCAAAAAAUAUCCUUUGUGUAAGCUUUUUACUCUAUCAAAAAAGAUUCAAAGCACUGAAUUUAACAGACAUGCUGUCGUCCAUCUUUUUCUUUUUAAGUAGAAGGAAAUGUAGUGGCAUGUAGUUAGCAAGCUUGCCAGUAGAAGUCAGAAACGCAUAAGACUUGGCUGUAAUUUGCAAAAGCCCUACUUCCAAGAAAAAGAAGGAGAUUGUGAGGCCAAUUGCAGGCUUGCUCUUUCCAGAUGGGUUUGCCUUUUCUACUGUAACACAGUUAUCCAUGCCUGCCAAUAUUCUGCACUGCAAAUAUUUCCUGGAUGAAAACUGAUUUCUGCUAACAGCCAGCUCAUAUAGAGCAUGGAAAAUGUACUAUGAGGCUGCACUCUGAAGGGUUUUUUAGGCAGCUCUAAAGCUACUCCAGAAACGUGAACUGGUGGCUUGCAUAUGCCCUUGAGUGCAAACUAUAUAAACUCCAGGUUUCCCCCAAAUAGCAAGUUGCACAUGGAAUGGAACCUUAUACUUCUAUUUAGAUGGUAGCUCCACUUCAAGGCAUUUCACUAGCAGAGGGCAGCAGCAAAAUGGGCAUGAAUUCAAAUGCCAGGAUCUCAGUGCCAAGUUUAGAAGACUAUAAGAUGUUCUCUUUCAUCUUCCCAAGUUCUCAGACCUAGGAAAGGGAAUACGUACACCUUGUAUGUAUUGCGCCACAUUGGGUUCGGAUAUACAGUAUAAUGGCAAUACAGUAUAUCUGUAGCCUUUCUGCUGAAGUCUUAAGUUGUUGUUUUUAUUUGGAACUUUUUGGGCAUGUUACAUA